AUGGGUAUGUGCUAAAAUAAGGAAUUAGAAUAAACUUCAAAACAACCAAAUUUUAAAGCCAAAUUUCCAGAAGCAGAAGAGUAAGAUGACACAAAUGAAGAAACUACACAAUUACCAAUUGAAGGUGAAAGUGUUGCUUCCAAUUAAAAGUUAUCUAUGCAAGAUUUUGAACUAAUAAAGGUCAUUGGAAGAGGAUCAUUUGGAAAAGUGCUGCUAGUUAAAAAGCUUGAUGAUCAACAACUAUUAGCAGUAAAAAUCUUGAGGAAAAACAUGUUGUCUAAGAAAAAAUAUCAGGAUCAGGCAAUUUAGGAAAGGAACAUUAUGUCCUAGAUAAAUAGUCCCUUUUUUGUGAAACUGAGAUAUGCAUUCUAAAGUCCUUCGCGUCUAUACAUGGUUAUGGACUUUAUGCAGGGAGGAGAACUCUUUCUUCAUCUGAAAAAGAAUGUUAGAUUUCCUGAAGAAUGGGUACAAUUCUAUGCUGCUGAAAUUCUUGUGGCAAUAGAUUUACUCCAUAAAUCCAAUAUCAUGUAUAGAGAUUUAAAACCAGAGAAUAUAUUAUUGGAUAAGAGUGGACACAUAGUUUUAACAGAUUUUGGGUUAUCGAAAUUGGGUUUUGAGAAAAACGAAAUGACUUACACAUUUUGUGGAACACCUGAAUAUGUGGCCCCUGAGAUUCUAUAUUAAAGGGGACACACAUUUACUGUUGACUUUUAUAGUUAUGGAGCACUGAUUUAUGAGAUGCUUAGUGGUACUCCUCCACACUAUUCGAAAAAUAAAAAAGAGAUGCUAAAAAAUAGAUGUGAAAAACCUCUUGAAAUGAGAUCUUGCUUUUCAUUUUAUGCAGCCUCCUUGUUAAAGGGAUUAUUAACCAAAGAUCCAGGAUUGAGACUAGGGUCUAAUGGAAUCAAGGAAAUAAAAAAGCAUAACUUUUUUAAUGGAAUUGAUUGGAAAUUAGUUGAGCAGCGUAAAUUGUAACCGCCUAUCAUACCUAAGAUAUAAUAUGCUUAAGAUCUAUCUAAUUUUGAUGCACCUUACUUGUAAUAACCUAUAGUUGACACUCCAGAAUCUAAAUUAAACGAAACCUUUGUAGGAUUCACAUAUCAUUAGCAAAUGUGA